CUGCAAGACCGGGUCACCUUAGCCACACUCAAUUGCUCCGAAGUUGAAAGCCACCUUGUGACAACGUGAUCACGAUGUCUUCAAACCAUAUGGCCGACCUUCGUUUCUUCGUUCUUGACUACCAUGAAUCUUUCAGACGAGGAUAAGAGGGAAAUCGGUCAGCACUUCGUUUUCGGAUUUCAUGGACAUGAAAUCAGUGAGGAUGCAAAGGAACUCAUCGAGAAGUAUCAUGUUGGGAACAUCAUCCUCAUGAAACGGAACGUACAAAGUGUGAAGCAGGUGCACGCGCUUGUUCAAUCUUUGCAGCAGUGCGCAAGAGAUGCUGGUCAUGCGCAUCCUCUGAUGAUUGGGAUCGAUCAAGAGAAUGGCCUCGUAUCCGCGUUCAGCUCAACUGCAAAGUAUCAGGCUGGGACACAGUUCCCAGGGGCUAUGGCAAUCGCUGCUACCGGUGAUCCAAAAUAUGCCAAAGAAUGCUCAGAGGCUUCAGCUCGCGAGAUGAAAGCUGUUGGCAUCAAUUGGUCCUAUUCCCCGGUAGGAGAUGUGAAUUCUGACCCGCAGAACCCGGUCAUUGGUGUUCGCUCUUUUGGAGAUGACCCUACAAAAGUUGCGCGAUAUGCGAAGGCGGUUGGUGAUGGCCUCACACAAGGUGGUGUCGCACCGUCCGCGAAACAUUUUCCAGGGCACGGUGAUACAAACAUCGACUCGCAUCUUGGUCUCCCCGUCAUCAAGAAAAGUCGUAUCGAGUUGGAUCAAACAGAGUUGAAACCUUUCAAGGAACUGAUCGACGCUGGCAUCGCCAGCAUCAUGACGGGGCAUAUGGUUAUCCAGGCCUUGACUGGUGACAGUGAGACUCCAGCUUCCCUUUCACGAGCUGUGACUACGACACUCUUGCGGGAGGAGCUGCACUUUGAAGGAGUGGUCGUGACGGAUUGUCUAGAAAUGAAUGCGGUGAAGGAGAGACAAGGCGGCGUACCACGUGGUGCUGUGGAAGCAUUAGCGGCCGGUGCAGAUGUGGUAAUGGUUUGCCAUACUAUGGCGUUGCAUAGGGGAGCGAUGGAGGCCACCUAUGAGGCAGUCCAGAAGGCCGAACUGAAUAUGGACGAGCUGAGGAAAAGUGGAGAAAGGAUUAUUGCGCUGAAACGGGAAUUCGCUGGGACAUGGGACGACGUGCUUGGAAAGCCAUUUGACGAGAAGGCGAUGAAUGCGUUGCAGGCGACGAACAAGAAACUGAGCAAGGAAGCAUACGCAAAGUCCACCGCGCUAAUUUCUGGAUCUCUCCCUGUGUUUUCUUCAGGCAAGAUUGUGGUGAUGACACCAGUCGUGGAAAGCCUAAACGCAGCAGUGGAUGAUGCGGAAGGUGUGCAACGCACCGACAAUGGCCACGUCCGGAAUACGGCAGCACCUUACUACAUGUCUUUUGCGGAGUCUGUGCAACGCCGCACUGCAGAUGUCGAACAUUUGGUUUAUGCAGCUGAUUUUGACUGCAGAAGAGAUUUUGGCGAAGGAAUUGUGUUCGUGACACGCAAUGCGGAUCGUGGCGCUUGGCAACUGGAUGUCUUGGAGAGAGUCAGGACGCAGGCCAGUGGAGUACCGGUCGUGGUACUGGCGAGCUGCGCACCGUAUGAAUUGUUCUCUAGGAGGGUCUUGGGUGUGCAGGCAUGCGUGGCGAGCUUCGAGUACACCAGUGAAGCGUUGGAAGCUGCUGCGAAAGUUAUUUUUGACGGGAUUUCUCCGGUGGGGGAGUCGCCUGUUAGCAAUAUUCGAGGACAAUAAGCUUGGUUGCUAGAAAAUUAUGUACAUAUGUACCGCAGACUCUGCCAAGCAGUACGAGCGUCUUCGAAAUUUUGCUAUGCUCGUCGUUGACUUCACACGCACGACUCGCGUCGAAACGGUGCACCACCCUAAGCGUUUGUCGCAAUGCUAUACUUAUAAUCAGCAGGCUCUUGUGCAAAGUGCAGAUAAAGCUUCCUCAUCCAUGAUAUCCAUGGCAGCCACCCAGCUCCUUUUCCUACCAACGGAGAAGGAAUUUGAGCGCGAUAAAGCAAAGCAGCAACAAGUCACCUCGAGCAGAGACGUUGAUUUUGUCAUCGACAAAUAUGUACGUCUUGAGUACU